AACGGCAUUCAUUUCCCUUACUUGCCUCAAAAAUCUUCUGGUGCUUGGAUGUUAUUGAAGAUGCUGCCAUGCUUUUAAAAGAGAGCAGAAGGAGCAUCGUGGAGUGGCAAGCAUCCAACGGUGUUCUACCUACACUGAAAGAUUUCACUCUUCAUUGGCAGCAUGGCUGAAUUCCAAUAAACAGAAACAAGUCAGCAAGUGGUUUCCAGCAUUGCAGAAGAGAUUGUGGAUGAGUAGCUAAAGCUUCAUGUAAGACAGCCAUAUACCCUUUUUCCCCCAGGGUAUGGUGUUGGACAAAAUUCUGCCAAUUCUUUUAACCUGUUAGUCAUAAUCUGUUUAUGCAAUUAUUGCAGACCAAAAACAGCCUGGUUUUUGGGAAAUUGCACAAUAUCUGAAACGGCGGAUGCAGCAUGAGGCCUCUUUCUCCAGGAGAUGGACUUUCCCCUCUGGGCCUGCUCACACGAGGGCCUGACUACUUGCGUAAGCAGCUGGAGAUGAGCAGCGGUGGGCGGACGCCGAGUGCCGUGGAGAGGCUGGAAGCUGACAAAGCCAAAUAUGUCAAGUCUCGGCAAGUGAUCAACAGCCGUCAAGAGCCAAUUCUGCUCAGCCACACACCCCAGUCCUCCCCAUGCUGCAGGAGACCCCUAACCCUCCACCAGCAGAGUGAAUUUCCUCAGGGCUUGACCGCAGACCAAGAUGGCCUCAGACCCAAGAAGCAGCCCGCUUCUCCUCAGUCCCCCAUCGCGCGGCGAGGGGGUAGCAGGCGCCUACUCAGGCCUGACUCGCUUGUCAUCUACCGGCAAAAACGCGACUGUUCUCUGAUCAACAAGGAGAACAGCAAAGGGUACAACCUAAUGAAGUGGCUGUUUCAGGGCCCACUGAGAGAUGGACCUCAUAACUGUUCUCCUUCAAGGAGUCUUUUAGGAGAGGGACAUCUGGAAGUGACCCAAGAAGAGAACUCCAUGGUUUGGGUACCUGCAGAGAAGGAGGACGCAAGGACUGCACAUUCAGUGGACAUGUCAGAUCGAUUCAUGGGUUGUCAGUCUGAGUCUAGUCAAAAAACCCAGCCCGAUUCUCAUCUCACUGUUGACCAGCCCUUUCCUUCCUCAGGCCAUUACCAGACAGAAGGCAAGAAAGAGCUGACUCUGAGCUAUUCUCUUCCUCUUUCAGAGAAAGAACGGUUCUUUAAUUACUGUGGCUUGGACCGGAAUUUGGUCGAGGUGCUCGGAAUCGAAAGCUUCAAACCAGGCAGCUGGGAAGCUGGUUCCUUCUGCAUUGGGUCAGCUAGUUCUGAACACGAUGGACUUUCCUUCAAUGGGGAGCCCUUGUCUGCUGAAGACCCAAGUGACAAGCUGCCUGCAUCCGUCUCGGUGGUUGAGCGAAACGCCCGUGUCAUUAAAUGGCUUUACAGCUGUCAGCGGGCCCAGACAAGGUCCAAAGAAUCUACAGUAUGAACUCAUAAGGGUCUGGGCGUCCAAGACUCUCCCUUGAUCUCAAGUGUAAGGGGAAAGUACUGUUUUGGAGUGGGGUGGCAAGGCUCACCAUGGGAAACAGAGCAGGGAAUAUCACCAAAUAUGUCUUUGUCAAAGGAAUACUUUUGAGAACCAGUUGGUCUUGAACUUUUGCUGAAUUUUUCCCAGUCAUGGCUCCAUAAUAAUGAUUAAUUACCAUACUGAGAAUUCUGAGAAUUGAAAUUCGGAGGCAGUGAUGGGAUUCAAAACAUUU